CCGAGGCACUGACCCGCUUGCAAGCUGGACACUGGCUUCUCCCCAGAGAGAGAGUUCCAGCCUCCUCCUCUCCUCCUCCUCCGGCCAGCCAGCCUCCUGUCCAGCUGCAGCAGGUACCAAUGGGGCUCCCCAUGGGGAAGUCGAUGCUGGUGCUCCUCACUUUCUGGGCCUUCGCCUUGUGCUGCAUUGCUGCUUACCGCCCCAGUGAGACCCUGUGUGGCGGGGAGCUGGUGGACACCCUCCAGUUUGUGUGUGGGGACCGCGGCUUCUACUUCAGCAGGCCGUCGAGCCGUGUGAUCCGCCGCAGCCGUGGCAUUGUGGAGGAAUGCUGCUUCCGCAGCUGUGACCUGGCCCUCCUCGAGACCUACUGUGCCACCCCCGCCAAGUCCGUGAGGGACGUGUCCAACUCUCUGACGACCGUGCUUCCGGACAGCCUCCCCGAUAACUCCGUGGGCAAGUUAUUUCAGCUUGACACCGGGAAGCGGUCGGCUCAGCGCCUGCGCAGAGGUUUGCCUGCCCUCCUGCCUGCCCACCGCGGUCGCCUGCUGGCCAUGGAGCUCAAAGCCUUCAGAGAAGCCAAGCGUCACCAGCCCUAGUUCCUGCAGCCAAAAGGCGAUGCUGCCCACGGGGCUGCCUCUCCCGAGGCCUCCAGCAAUCAGAAGUGAGCCAAAUUGUGGUGAUUCUGCAGCCGGUACCAUCACCUGUGACCUCCUCCUGGCCCGGGGACGCCGCCAUCCGUCCCUGCCGACUUCUCUCUGACCUGCUCUCGCCAUGGGUUCCUCCCCCCUAGGCCCCAUGCCCCGCCUCCCCCGUCAGGCUACUCCCUGUGCGCCCCCACCAUCGGGCUGAGGGAGCUUGGCAGCAGCCUCGCCGCCAGCACGCCUUCCACACGCGUGCACCCCCAGGUGACCCUAAAAUUACUGGCAUGCAUCAGAAAGAGCAAAAAAAAAUCAGCCCCUAAAUUACUCACAUACAUGCAACAGUCCCCUCAAAACUGAUUGGCUUCUUAGAAAACACCCCAAAAAGCUAAUUAACUUUUUCCUUAAAUUGAAAAGAAAAAAAAACCAAAAAAGCAAAAAAAAAAAUCAAUUGGCUGAGUAAACACUAAAAUUAAAUUGGCAUAAAAGCAAUUGGCAAAAUAACAAUUCGGCACCCCCCCCCCCACAAAUUUCUCUUUCCCUCUGGGUCUUGAGUCAGAUUGGCCUGGACUUGGGUCCCUGAACCCAGAAGAGAAAACGGGGGGACCCAGAAGCCCAGCGGCGGGCACGGCACCGCCGUGCUGUCUGCCUCCUCGCACCGCCAGCACCCGCUGGCAUCCCAUCCUUGGCAGCCGCCCCAACUCGUCCUCUGCCCAGUUUGCCACCUUGAGAAAUCUCCACGGAGCUGGAGCUGCAGGGACCCAGUGAGACCCACGGAGGGGGACACAGCACGAAAACCGGCGUCCACGCAAACCAUCGGCUCAGACGCCCGCGCCCAGGCUCUCAGAUCCGCAUCUCCACACAGGUACCCGUGCACACGCACGCGCUCCCACACACGCGUGCACACAGCUCACACACACACACACACCUCACACUCACUCACACUCACACACACCCCAUACGACUCCACCGAGCAGCAUAGGUCAGGCCUGGGUGCGUCCGUCUGGUGCUCGGAGCCGUUUCGUGGUCUGAGGUCCCCUCCGGUCCCCGUUCCGCUGUCCGCUGGGCCUGUCCUUGCCCUGCCUUUCCCCGACCACGUCCUCUCCACCUCUUGGAGGGGGGACUGUGCCCGGGGCCAGGGCUGUGGGGUGAACCAUCUCCCUGGGAUGCACCUGCAGGGGGCGUGUCCCAGGCUCGGGCUGCCCAGUCACCUGCAGAGCCCACCCCAGCCCCACAGCCCCCGAGUGAGGGCCUAGCUGGCCAGCCAGGGCGAGAAACGAGUUGGAAGGCGAGUACCACCUGCUGCCGAGUAGCCUGACCUCGAGGUGUGCUCCUGGGAGGAAGAUCUCGGGGGCCAUCCCCCGCCCCGGGCACACCGAGGGACCGUCCCCCCAGUCUCCCGGUGGGGGGGACCCUCAGAAUUGGGGGCCCCCACCGGGCGACUGGCAGGACGGUGGGGAGUGUGGGCAGUCUGGAGGAUCGGAGGGGUGGGUGGGGG